UAAUCCGGUUCAACCUAGUUGUGUAUCCCCUAAUACGCUGCGUUCUAACGCCGAACAAAGAAAAAAACACAACCCCUAAUUUUUGUCUGUUGCUCUCUCAAGUCUCAACUCUUCCUCCUUCUUCAACUACUUCAAAAGCUUUGGCAAAAUCCUUUAGUCAUGGCGCACGGAGGUUAUGCCAAGAGAAGAGUUUCGGAACCUAAUCAGGCGGCGGGAAGUAGUCGGAGGUCGAAAGUAUUGCGUGUAGAGAAGAAACCUAAGACUGUCUCCAUCAAGAAUCAGAUGCGUUCCGUUGAACGCUUUCUUCGUAAAGAUUUGCCUCCUGAAGUAAGAGAGUCUUUAGUAGAGAAGUUGGAAGAUUUGAAGAAGCAGCAAGACGCUCAUACCCGUCUUGCUGUUGAACGUAAAAUAUUCCUUAGGAACAGAAAGAUUAAGUUCUUUGAGCGGAGAAAGAUCGAAAGGAGUAUUAGACGUCUUGAGAAGUUACAACGUACUUCAUCUGCUCAUGUGGGCGAUACAGAUAUAGCUGAGCAACUAAGUAAACUCAAAGAAGACCUUGAGUAUGUUCGGUUCUUCCCGAAAAAUGAGAAGUAUGUAUCUCUUUUUACUGGAGCUGAGGAUUCAGAAGUAAUUGAGAAGAGAGGUAAAAUGCGGAAGCAGAUCAAAGCCAAUAUUAUUGUUGCUGCUGCUAGUGGGAAAGAGUUAGAAGAGACAGGGAGUGAAGACGAUGGUCUUCUGGACCUUAGUGAUGAUGAUUUCUUUGAUAAAGGGAGUUCAAGCGAUGAAGCAGACGCAGAUGAUGAAUUGACCGAUAAAAGCGCAAAGGAGGCUGCUUCUAGUGCUUCUGGUAGAGCAACUUCUGGCAUGUCUAGUGAUGAAAGGAAUCAGAAGCAAAACUCUGAUAGGGCUUUAAUGCCUCCACCACAAGCAAGGUUUGAAUCAAAUUAUAGAAAGAAUUCAUAUGUACAGAGGAAUGAGAUGCCAUCAUCCUCGAGAAACAACACUUCAAACAGAAGAAGU